AUGGCGACUUCUCAGGCGGUGAUGGCUACGAUCAAGUCGGCUAGGCCAACUUUCCGGAACAACCACGACAAGGUCGCAUUCUCUGUCCACGCUUUUUUCCUCUCUUCCGGUUUCGACCUCACUGCCACCGGACGUCCUGCCUUCGCUGACGACGCUCUCUCUUCAUCGUCUCCUACUCAGGAGGUUGGGAUCGACGGAUGGAACGAAUUCGACGGGGAAUACGCGUUUGUCUAUACGAAUCCGGAGAAAGGAUCGAAGAAAGUUCUGGUAAAGUGCUUGGCGAUUGCUGAUAAACUUGCUGUUGAUGCCAUAGCUGAUGGUGAAACUGAACCUGCUCAUCUCGAGAUAGUAGUUGGGAAUUAUGCUGAAGAGCCCUUAGAAGGGAAUUACGCCGCACAGUACAAGAAUUUGGGCAAACUAGUGACUGAUUUGAAGAAUGAGAUUCUGGACAAGCUUUACGGUGGAGUCAAACCUGUUUCUUCGAGAUGCCAGUCCAGUUCUGAGACAAAUGAAGAGCCUGGAUGCUACGAAGAAAGGCCUGUUCCAACAAAUGAAGAGCGUGGAUACUACGACGAAAGGCCGCCUGUUCCAUUAGGUCCUCAGAUUCACCCCUCAGGUGUGGUAGUUCCUCCGAUACCCGUUGGUGGAGGUUACAGUGAUCUCCUCCCUGGCCCAGGUGCUGGAGUGUACCCUGUCAGGGGUGGUUUUGGCGAUGGUAGCAUGCUUGUAGGACCGGAGGAUCCUCGCUUCUUCCCUCGAUUUGGUAAUCAACCUGACCACAUGGGACCACCACAACCGGGUGUACCACCUCCUGGUGCUCGUUUUGAUCCGUUUGGCCCGCCCGGUGUUCCAGGUUUUGAGCCAGGCCGUUUCGGAAGAAGGCCAGGGGGAGGCGGGAUGCAUCCUGAUCUUGAGCAUUUUCCCGGCGGCGGUUCAGAUUUUAUAUAG